ACACACUCACACACACCAUUAGCACCCCACCCCUCCCUCUCCCUCCCUCUCAGCAGCUCAGAGGCGAUCAGAGGCAGCUGAGAGAGCAGCAAUGAGGACGGAGAGGACGAGGACGAGGACGAGAAGCGGUUGACGAGGGAUUGUGUCUGUCCACGAGGACCUCGUCUCCAGAAGAAGAGGACAAGCUUUACUUCUUCUUCUCUCGUGUGAAACGCUGCAGAAGAAGCAGAAGGUUUCUGUCUUCUUUCUCUGUUUGGAGGCUGAAGCAGAUGUCACGUCAGCCGCGGCCCACCUGAGGCGGCAGAUCGGCGCCUUUGUGCCGACUCGACAAAAGAGAGACCGGCUGACAAAAGAAGGACCCGGAGGCUUCUCUCUCCUGCUCUUUGAAGCCGCUGCAGCUUCACCGCACAUGCAAACAGGACCAAGACGGAGCAAACCUUCCCCUCGUAGAGAGCAAACAUAUCUGGAUGAGAGCCUAAAGGUGUCGAUGGGACAGACAUGAAGAACCUGGACCAGCAGGGACGGAGUCACCGGGAGAGUCUGGCGUGUGCGGUCCUGUCGGGUCUAGUCCUGGCUCUCCUGGGCCCACUUGGCCCGGUUCUCGGUUGUCCCGGUGGCUGCACCUGCUAUGGCAACACCACUGACUGCACGGCCGUCGGCCUCCUCUCUCUGGCGCCCGUCCUGAGGCUGCUGGAUCCGGAGUCUGUGAUCCUCCGCCUACCCCGGAACAAUCUCUCCUCCCUGGGCACCGACGAGCUGUCCAGCCUCAGCGGCCUGGAGCUCCUGGAUCUGUCCCAGAACCACUUGUCGGGCUUGCGGCCUGGAGCUUUCUCUGGCCUGGGCGGCCUGCGCUGGCUCAACCUCUCCGCUAACCGCCUCGGCGUGCGCCCGGUGACUUCCGACCCCAACAACAACACCAUCACACCGGCGGCCCAGGGUAACGGUCUUAGCAAGGACGCUUUCAGGGGUCUGUGGCGGCUGCGUGGGCUGGACUUGUCCUCCAACGGCCUCCUACGGCUGCCCCAGGGCCUACUGGACGGCCUCCAGAGGUUGGCCUGGUUCUCCGUGGCCAGCAACCGCCUGGCGGCCCUGGACCGAGUCACCUUCGAGCCCCUAGUGGGGCUCCAGCAGCUCCGGCUGGCGGGGAACCCCUGGGAAUGCGACUGCAAGCUGAGAGACUUUAAGCACUGGAUGGAGUGGUUGAUUUACAGGGAUGGAAAGGUGGACGCCAUGCGGUGCGGCCUCCCAGUGGACCUGAGGGGCAGGGACAUCCGCAGCGUGCCGGCCGAGAUGUUCAGCCACUGCCUGCGCAGCGCGACCAGAGAGGGCACUGCGGGUCACGCCACCCGGCCCCCCUGCCCGCCGGGCCGCAUCAACAGCAACGAUGACUGUGUCCGCCAGCGCUACCGGCCCGCCAGCGUCCGCCGGGCGCAUGGCACGCAGAUCGUGGCCGGUGUGAUCUGCGGCACUGUGUGUGUCAUGAUGGUGGUGGCGGCCACCUACGGCUGCGUGUACGCCUCGCUGAUGGCGCGGUACCAGAGGGAGGUCAAGAACCGUGGCCAGCCGCUGAUGGCCGAGUCCGGGGCCGACACAGACCCGGAGGACGGGCAGAUGUCGGCGCCGGCGUCGCCGGAGGAGCCGGCGCUCAAAGAGGGCAUUGUGCACGGGUAUCGGAUCAGCAGCUUCUGAGGAAGUUAAGUCCAGUGUCCCUUCGGCUGGUUGCCCCCCCCUCCUCUGCUCCUCCCCCUUCUCCAGUCAUUGUUGUCCUCCCUCUUUGUUAGGAAGAGGACGAACCUUCUCCAACAAGACGUGAACCAGUUACGUGUGGCGUUGUUUGCUUGGUGUUUUAUCAGGAAGUCUCCCUCCGUCAGUCCGGCUGCUUUAAGCUCCACCUAAACACUGGAGCUGCACCGCCCCUUAGAGGGCGGAGCUGUGAGCUGCAGCUGCUUCCCCUCCAGCACCAACCAGCCGCUUCCCCCCAACACAUAGUGUAUGUGUGUGUGUGUGUGUGUGUGUGUGUAUGUUUGUGCCUGUGAAAGGCUUUCAGCCCAGAUAUGCUGUAACCUCUGUGUAUUUUUAUCAUUUCCUCUAUAUUUUUGGUGGUAAGCACAUGAAACAUCGUCUGAAAUUUCCCUCAAGGUUGGUUAUUCAUGCUGAACAUAAUAAACAGUAUAUUUAUCUAGUCUG